AUGGAUCAGCAGUCUUACGAACACCCUCUGAAUCUAAAACAGGCAAGGAGGGGUACGGAGAAGGAGAAGGCAGAUUUACCUGGCCGGGCUCACCGCCAGCUAUCGGCCAGCAACUCGGCAUAUCAUCGCCUCUUGGGGAAACAGAGGCUCAGGUGUAGUGGAUGCAGUUGCAGAGGAAGCAGCACUGGUACACCAUCAGUGACACACAGUUCGAUUUGUGGCGUUGCCCCUGUGAACGUUCCCAAGACCAAGAAGACCUACUGCAAGAACAAGGAGUGCAGGAAACACACUCUCCACAAGGUGACUCAGUACAAGAAGGGUAAGGAUAGCCUGUCUGCCCAGGGAAAGCGCCGUUAUGACCGCAAGCAGUCAGGAUAUGGUGGUCAGACCAAGCCUGUCUUCCACAAGAAGGCCAAGACCACCAAGAAGAUUGUGCUGAAGCUGCAGUGCCAGAGCUGCAAGCACUACUCACAGCACGCUAUCAAGAGGUGCAAGCAUUUUGAGAUUGGUGGAGACAAGAAGGGCAAGGGAACAUCUCUUUUCUAA